GUUUCUUUGACAAGGCAAAGAAGAGAAUUUUGGGGGAUAAACUUGAGGCAGAGUUGACUCAGACUGAUGACCCAGCUAGAAGGGAGGAGCAUGAAGGGCUUUCUGGAUUUGACCCUUCAUGGUGGGGCCAUCAGGAGCUGGGUCAAAUCAGGAAUCACACAGAUAGUUUCAAGUCUAUCCGCGAUGCCAGAGUCAACCUCUUUGUUGUAGAAACCAACAAGUUGCUUAUUCGACUUGACAAACUAUUGAGCCCAGAAGCACCACUAGACCCAAAAAAGAGAAGAGCAUUUGAGAAAUCGAUUGUGAAAUGGAUAGCUGACAGUGAAGUCCCUGCUUGCUUGAACUGCUUAUGUUCAUUUGGGUUGCUGACUCGUAGACAUCACUGCAGAUUGUGUGGUGGUGUCAUGUGUGAUAAAUGCUCUCAGUUUAUGUCACUAUCGUUUGCACAAAAAUUGGUGAACCCUGCCCACAUUUUUAGUGGAGAGGCAUUUAUCAAACGAACUAACAGCAAUAGCAGCCUGAAUUCUCUAGGCAAGUCUGGUGAAGAUGCCCUGAUGAGAGUGUGUCAAAUGUGCCGGAGACUGCUGCAGAGGCGGGAUCAUAUGACAGAGCUGCGAAACAGCAAACCUCCAAUAGUACAGGUUUAUGAUAAAAUGAAAAUGUGCAUCAUGGAAGCAGAACAGAUUCUUCCAGGCUACAUGAACAUGGUGGAGUCUUUGAGCCAGGGAGAAACUGUGUACAGCUACAUGCAAGCCCAGAUCCAGAGAAGCAAGCUAGUCAAGCUGUAUGAAGUCAUUGAUCAACUCAGGGGAAAUGAGCUAUACAUCAAAACCAUGCCUGUGAUCAUUGAGACCAGUUCUGUUCAAAUAAAGGAGAAGAAUCAUGGAGAAAUAUGUGACUAUAAACUGUUAUGUAUUGCCCAUUAUAUGUCUGUUCUGUUUGCACUGCCAACAGAGGAAGAGUACAACCAACUGCGCCAGGCCCGGGCUGCAGAGAUCCAGAGAAAGAUUGCGGCAGAAAGGCAAGCGGCUUUGGAAGCUCAGGAGAGAGAGCGACAGGAAAGAGAAAAACUAGAUAAGGAACCCUCCAAAGAGGCUAGUUCACACCAUGAAACUGCUCAAAAACCUGGAAAUAAACGAGCAGCAUCUGAAGGUCAGCCAAAGAAAGUGCUUGGCGUCAAAAUUGCGUUUAAUACAAGUCAGAAAAGUGACAGCAGAAACAGCCCGGAUGUCACUGUCAUCAGUGGAUGGAAGCCAGCGGAUGAAACAAUCACUGUUAGCCAAGCCAGUGAUCCGGUGGUGCAGCAAAUGGAGAUUAUCAAGAGCUAUAUCCUACAAGCCAGACAGGCAAAUCGUCUGGAUGAGGUUGCCAUGUUGGAGCAGAACUUACGAGAUCUUCACGCUGAGUACUUGCGACAGAAGCAGCGGCAGAAGGAAAGCCUGUCUAGUUAA